AUGGCGGCGGAGAAAGAUAACGACGAAAAUAAGCCAAAUAGAAGGAGUACUGUCUGCAAUAUUGUGAUCAAGCAUGAACCGCAUUCCCAAGCACACCCUGUCAUUUUCAACCCUGAUUUCUUUGUGGAGAAACUGAGACACGAGAAGCCGGACAUGUUCACGGAGCUGGUGUUGAGUAAUAUCACGCGCCUAAUCGAUCUGCCAGGAGCGGAAUUCGCACAGCUGCAGGGAGAGGUCGACCCUAAGCUUCCAACUGCUUCUGGUUUCUUUCGCUCAUUCAACUUCUUAAAACGAAAAGGCAAAGGAGUUGUAUUUGGAGCACCGUUAACUGAAGAAGGAAUUGCUCAAAUCUACCAACUUAUUGAGUACCUUGGGAGAAACCUGCAUGUGGAGGGUUUGUUCCGCGUGCCGGGCAACAGCCUCAGACAGCAGGCCCUCAGGGAGAUGCUCAACAGCGGAGUGGACAUUGACCUAGAGACGGGGGACUACCACCCCAAUGACGUAGCCUCCGUGCUCAAGGCCUUCCUGGGAGAACUGCCAGAACCUCUGCUGACUCACCGCCAUUAUCACGCUCAUCUUAAAAUAGCCGACCUGACUUUGUUUGAUGAGAAGGGUAACAAGACAUCAUUGCCAGAUAAAGAUCGUCAGAUCGAAGCUUUGCAGCUCCUGCUUACGCUGCUGCCUCCUGUGAAUCGCAGUCUUCUCAAACUACUGCUUGACCUGCUGUACCAGACCGCCAAGCAACAAGACAAGAACAAAAUGUCUGCUCUCAACCUGGCUCUCAUGUUUGCUCCACACAUCAUCUGGCCAAAAAACGUCACUGCCAACAAUCUACAUGACAAUAUAAAUAAACUGAACAACUGCAUCGCCUUUCUAAUCAAACAUUCACAGAAACUUUUUCGGGCGCCAGUUUACAUCAAUGAAUACGCACACAGGCAUUACGCGAAAUCGGGCACCCUCCUGUCAAAGGAUGACAUGGAGCUGCGUGGAGCAGUCAGCCAUGGCUUGCAGUCGUUUAAGAGGAGCUGUGAGGAGGCUGCAGACGGCAGCAGCCAGGAGCACACUCAGGAGGCUCUGAGAGAACUCUUCCAGCACGUUAACAACAUGCCUGAGUCGGCCAAAAAAAAGAGGCUUAUUCGACAGUUUAAUAAACAGGGCACCCCAGGAACUCCAGUCCAUGAGAGUCCAUCACCUUUCAACAGGAACCAUCAGCGCUCACGUUCUUUUGGAGGACUGAUCAAGAGAAAGGUGUUGGGAAACCAGUUUACGGCAGAGAAGGCUGGGACAGUGAUGAGCCAGCCUAAAGAGAGAACCAAAGAAACUGUCUCCUCAUCUCAGAGAAAAGUCUGUCUGUCACCCACCCUGCAGCCUGACGUCUAA